GUUUGGGUUUGGGGAAAAUCGGGAAAGAGAGAAGUUGAUGAUCUGAUCUAUGGAGGGAAAUGAGAUUGAGAGACAAAGAAAGAGAUUUUGGUCGAAGGAGAGAAGAAGCCACCAUCGGAGGUGGUGGUUGCGGUGAGCCAGCCUUGCCGAUUUGGUUCAAGUCCAAAUCAAAGAAGGUUAGGGUUUGGGUUUGGGGAAAAUCGGGAAAGAGAGAAGUUGAUACUCAAUCUCCAUGGCUAUCGCUAGCAGCCACCGUGUUCCGCUCCACCAAUUCCGGCCAUGGUUCCGAUUGUUCUUGGCCGAGCUUCAUCUUGCAACCACCCUACUGCCGGCGGCGGUGCAUAUAGAUGGUGUUUACACCAUUGGUGGCCGCUGGCUUCGAGUAACAAUUGAUUGCAAGCCAGAAAAUGGACACUUAAAGACAAGAGAGGUAGGGAAACUCGAUGAAGAAGGAAAGUUCAAAGUGUCUAUUCAUCGUAAGAUUGUAAAAGAUGGCAAAUUGAAUGAAGAAUGCUAUGCACAGCUUCACAGUGCAUCAGCUGCACCAUGCCCUGCACAUAAUGGCCUAGAGUCUUCAAAAGUAGUAUUGUGACAUUUGUUAUUGUAAGGAUUGUAAGGAUUGUGAUUGUAAGGAUUGAAUUUUAAUUGUAAGGAUUGUGACAGGUGGAAUGUGGAUAUUUACAGAUAUUUGUAAGUAAAAAUUGUGACAGUUGUGAGCUA